CUGUGAGAUCUAAAAGUAAAAGCCGAGUCGAGAUAGAAAGUUAAGUGAGUGAGCAGCUGGCAAAAAUCGGCAGAAUGUCAGCAUCAACAACGCAAGACACCCUAAAAUUCCUCCAGUUUGUCAACGAUAUAAAGAUCCAACCUCGUCGAGGAUGGCAGCUAAGAGGGUUGUCCAACGUAGAGAGUGUAUCAGAUCACAUGUAUCAGAUGUCUGUCAUGGCUAUGAUGAUCACAGACAAGAUGGGUCUGGAUAAAAACAGAUGCGUACAGAUGGCUCUUGUGCAUGACAUGGCAGAGUGCAUUGUUGGAGAUAUAACUCCAGUCGAUGGAGUAAGCAAGGAGGAGAAACAUCGAAGAGAAAAGGAGACCAUGGAUAAGUUAUCAAAAUUAGCUGGUCCUGAAGCAGGGCAGGAGCUGUACGAGUUAUGGAAGGAGUAUGAAGAGCAAUCAUCACCAGAGGCUAGGUUUGUGAAGGACCUGGAUCGCUUUGAGAUGAUCUCACAGGCAUUCCAAUACGAGAAGAGAGAAAACAAGCCGGGUCUUCUGCAAGAGUUCUUUGAUUCCACACAAGGUAAAUUCAACCAUCCCCUGGUGAAAGAGUGGGUAGAGGAGCUAAACACACAGCGAGGGAGCAUGAUCAGUGAACAUCAAUGCCAGACCUCCAGUUGACGUUAGCUGAACAUCUUUGAUAUUUUUAGCAAGGUUAAUAGCAAAGUAAAGGUAUUGGUUAACAUUG